UGCUAUAACUGAGUAGAUGGUUAAGAAAAUGAGUUUACCACUUUAUAUUAUUACAUCGACCUUAUCGAUAAAUUUUACUCUAGACGACUGAUUCACAGUAGCUCAAGCAGUAGAGAGCGCGUUGUCUCGUCUAUGUUCUUUCUCUUCUAUUUAUUCUUUGCUCUUUUCUUUAUUUGCUCUAAGCUCAUAGUUUUUGUACAGAAUAAUUGAUUUGGCAGCGAUGGCGUCGGAUGAAAGUAUGAAUUUUAUAUCUUCUGCGCAAGAAGAUGAAUAUGAUGAUGCUGAUGAUGGAUUUUAUCACCAACAUCAAGUGCCCCACAACUUGUCUAGGCUGUCCAUGUGUACAAGCUCCAUGUACACAAACGAAGAUGAAGAUGAUAACGAUGAACGCAUGAGGAUGUCUAUGUCAAGAUUAUCUAUUGAGAGCUUUGAUGGUGAUGCUGAUGAAGAAUUCUCUGAUGAUAAAGAAUUUAAAGGAUUGGGAGGGUUGUCGUCUGAUUCAGAAAAAGAACCAGAGUGUUACUCGCUGCCAUCGACACCACCUCGCUGGAGAAGUCGAAGUUCAAGCGGUCAACAAUUGAUUCUUGUCAAAGAUUAUGCAAGUGAUAAUGAAGUUCAAAAGGGUAAGUUAAAACAAAAGAUGAAGAGGAACUUGAGGAGGAGGAAGAUCGUAAGAGAAAGAUGGUGGGAUAGUAAGUUUAAUAAGAAAGAUGAAGAAGUGUUGAGUGGGGAAAGUGAAGGAGGAGGGAGUUGUGGGGGUGGAGUGGUGGUAAUAACAAGGCCAAAGGGAGGAAGAAGGUCGUUGUGUAUGGAUAUGGAGGAAAUGAAGGCUUGUAGAGAUCUGGGGUUUGAGUUGGAACAUGAGAGAAUGUUGGAGUUGACUAGCCGUGUUUCAUUAUCUGGACCAACACUUGACACCAGCAGUGGCGGCAAUUCUCCCAUCGCAAACUGGCGUAUCUCGAGUCCUGGUGACGACCCAAGAGACGUGAAGGCUCGGCUGAAGGUAUGGGCACAGGCAGUGGCGCUUGCAUCUGCACCCCGCCACACUACUUGACUGUAUAUAUAUAUCUAUUAAUUACCGGCUCCUAACUUACUAAGUUCGUUGGACGAAGAGUGUUCCUAUAAAAAGAGUUACUUUUGAAGGUUUUUCUCUUCAUUUUUUCUUGCUUGGAAGAUUAGCUUUUUGAUCUUGAGGGGAUUCUAUUUUCUUUUAUCUUUUUGCAUUUCACACCAGAACUAUACUCUGUAAAUCUCUUGGCUUGUAAAUAUUACACGAUCCCGACCAAGAUGGAGCCUUCAAUGUUGAUGGUGUAUUAUUUUAUUAUCAAGUGUCUGUUGUCAGCUUGUACAGGGAUUCUGUUUUGUUAACAGUGUGUUGUUCAAUGUUCAACUUGAAGAAUUAAGGCCCAUAAAUAUAUAAUUCACUGCUUUGAUUCUGAAGUACAA